GCAUGUUUUACUGUUCGAGCAUGUUUCUGACUCGAAGAGCAAUGAUUUGGAUCAAGCUUGCAGCUGCAUCGAAAAUUGCUAGGUGUUUCAUAGACCCGUGUGAGGCGUCUUGUUUUAUCGAGUGAGUGAAGUGCUUGGUAGAAGGGGAAGGCGAUGGCAGCCCCCGAGGUUAGUGUGGCCCGCUGGAGCCCCAAGCAGGUGGCGCGCUGGCUGGAGGAGGAGGGUUUCGGGGAGUACGUGGACCUCCUGUGCACCGAGCACCGCCUGGAUGGGGUCAGCCUGCUGACGCUCACCGAGUACGACCUGCGCAGCCCGCCGCUGGGGAUCAGGGUCCUGGGCGACAUCAAGCGGCUGAUGCUGUCGCUGCGGCGACUGCGGCGGCAGAACGGAGCCGCCCUGCAGGAGCUGGGCGUGGCUUGCGAGGGGCGGGACCAGGCUUGUGAUGGGUGGGACCGGGUCUAUAAUGGGCGGGGCCAUGACUGUGAUGGGCGGGGCCAUGACGGUAACGGGCGUGGCUGUGCCAGUAACGGGAGGGGCCCUGACUGUGAUGGGUGGGGCCGUGCCAGUAAUGGGCGGGGCCCUGACUGUGAGGGGUGGGGCCGGGCCUGUAAUAGGCGGGGCCAUGACUGUGACGGGCGGGACCGGGCCUGCGACGGGCCCACGCGCCGAUCGGCCUCCGGUCUCUGCGACCAGCGCCAGCACGCCAACGGAAAGUUCCGGCCGAGCGGGUCGGAGCUGGACCCGGAGUGCUGGAAGACGGCGGUGAGCUCCGUCUACGUCGUGCUGGUGUGCGGCCUCACCUCCUUCGUCAUGGUGAUCGUGCACGACCGCGUGCCCGACAUGCAGACCUACCCGCCCCUGCCCGAUAUAUUCCUGGACAGUGUACCCAGAAUCCCCUGGGCCUUUGCCAUGGCUGAGGCAUGUGGGCUGGUCCUGUUCAGUAUUUGGCUGCUGGUUCUUCUGCUUCACAAACACAGGUCGAUCCUGAUGCGACGUCUCUGCAGCUUGAUGGGGACGGUCUUCAUGCUGCGCUGCGUCACCAUGUUCGUCACCUCUCUCUCCGUCCCGGGACAGCACCUGCAGUGUUCCGAAAAGAUGUACGGGGACGUCUGGGAGAAGCUGCGGCGGGCGCUGGCCAUUUGGAGUGGCUUCGGGAUGACCCUGACGGGCGUGCACACCUGUGGGGACUACAUGUUCAGCGGCCACACCGUCGUGCUCACCAUGCUCAACUUCUUCGUCACCGAGUAUACGCCGCGGGGCUGGAACUUCAUCCACACGCUGUCCUGGGUCCUGAACCUGUUCGGCAUCUUCUUCAUCCUGGCGGCGCACGAGCACUACACCAUCGACGUGUUCGUGGCCUUCUACAUCACCACGCGCAUCUUCAUGUACUACCACACGCUGGCCAACGCGCGGGCCUACCAGCAGAGCCGCCGGGCGCGCGUCUGGUUCCCCAUGUUCUCCUUCUUCGAGCGCAACGUCCACGGGCCCGUGCCCAACGAGUACUGCUGGCCCUUCGACAAGCCCGCCUUCAUGAAGAUGCUGAUUGGCUAGCGCCACGGGCGUCCAGAGCGCCGGUCGUUGGUCUUUUUUGUGGCAGCGUCUUUUUUUCCCCAGGAGUCUCGAGCCAUUUAGACGGCCUGUAAAUGAUGAGACUUUGGGGGUCCCGGAGACUUGCCGGUCGUAGUCGCGGUGUCCAUCGCGGUAACGGUCUUUGAGAUGUCAGCGUCGCACUGAGGUGCUGACUUUAGCCAGGCUUCCCGAUAACGGUGAGCGGGCUGUAGGCUCUCUGCUUCACGAUGGGUAGUGAAGCCGGCUGUCUGAUUUCUGUCUUUCGCGUGUGGGCCCAGGGAGAGGUUAAAACCAGACGCUUUUACCUGCACUUUCAUUUUCAUGAAAAGGCCGAUGAGGGAAUAGAAAUUAAAAUUGAGCACAUGACGAUAUUAAAGCAGCAGGGUUCAUCAUUGUAGCGUUAGGUGAAAGAUGGCAUGCUGCGUGGUCUUGGUGCUGGAAUGCGAGGAGUUAACUCAUACACAGGUGCCCCCAGAUUCCUUGGACCUACUCUCCAUUUAAAAGUAGCAAUGCCAAUGCAUAAAUAGCCAUAACAAUUCUUGGUUUUGUAUCGUCUUGUGACAUUUCAACUGAUUCUUAUUUGAUGCAGAUAAUUGAGAGACUUGAAUCAUUGCCAAAUAUAAGUGAAUAUUUUGUCUUAACAAAUAUAAUUUUCCAGCAAACCUUCAGUAUUAUGGAAAUGUGGUGUGUGUGUAUUUACACUAAAUCUGUCAUUUCGCACUGGCCUACUUCAGGGGUUGUGCUAAUGUAGGAAUGCUGAUGUAUAAUAAUUCAAUUUAAAAAAAAGCUUUGAGCAUAUUUGAUCUCUUGAAUAACAAAUAUCCAAAACGUAUAUGGUAUAUGUGGACAAGCCUCCUUGGCUUACCUCAAACCAAAGAUGCCUAUUUGCAUCAUUUAAAAUCACUGUUUCAAUUUUCAUAAUUUAUUAUAAUUUAACUUUGAAAAUUGUAUUUAUUUUUUCCUGUUUUAUCAUUUUUAUAAUGAUUUUUAAAAUUUUGUUGUGACUAAUUUAAAUAUGAAUUGCUGACUGUUAUGUUAUAUAAUGGUUGGGUAAUGCUAUGACCUACUGUACUGGAACAGAAAUAAAAGAUUACCGCGGUGCCCUGCAAAAA